GAAAGCUCCCCUUCAGGUCGUUCAAUCUUUGGCGAUACUGAAGAGUUGAAGGCUGGAGAAGCCCAAGUUGCAAGGGGAUGCUCCGUUCACGGGCUGCCAGAUGGAUGCCGCGGAGUCUGCAUAGAUCUCGACCGUCGCCCGUCUUGUUUCUGUCGCGCCAACACUGUCGACAAUGCUCGUCGCAUUCGUCUCCUCCCCCGAGGAUCCCGCCUGACCACCGAAAUCUCGGGGUCCAACAAGAGCUCUUUACAACAUCGAUAUAUAGCCCCGGCUCGCCAAUAUUCCUCCCCAAUGGCGCUCGCAUUUUCAACCGGCUCGUCGACUUCCUGCGCAAGCAGUACGUCUACUACGGCUUCCAGGAAGUAAUCACUCCGACGAUCUAUAAGAAGGCUCUGUGGGCAAAGUCAGGCCACCUUGAGAACUACUCCGAAGACAUGUUCACGGUGACGAGCACAUCGCCCUCACGUGCAGAUAGUUCCGAGAACGCCCAAGACGACGAGUACGGCCUGAAGCCCAUGAACUGCCCCGGGCACUGUCUCAUCUUCGCCUCCCAGCGACGCAGCUACCGCGACCUGCCGGUCCGAUACGCCGACUUCAGCCCCCUCCACCGCAACGAGAUUUCUGGUGCCCUGAGCGGCCUGACGCGCGUACGGCGCUUCCACCAGGACGACGGGCACAUAUUCUGCCGGCCGGCGCAGGUCGAGGAAGAGAUCCGGAGGACAUUGGACUUUGUCCGUGUCGCCUACAGCGUGUUCCGCCUCGGCCCCUACAGGUUGGCGCUGUCCACUCGCCCGUCCGAGCACUACAUUGGAAGCCUCGAUGAUUGGGACCGCGCCGAAGGGGCCCUGAAAAGGGCGCUUGACGCGGGGGGCCAGGAGUGGACACUCAAUGAGGGAGACGGGGCCUUCUAUGGGCCAAAGAUCGACAUCAUACUGCGGGACUCCGACGGCAAGGAGCAUCAGACCGCUACCAUACAGCUAGAUUUCCAGUUGCCCAAGAGGUUUGAGCUGGAGUACCAGGCUCCAGCCCCAGAGCUGGAGCAGAAGGGCGAAACGACGACAGACCCGGAACUUCUAGCCGUCUCCGGUUCCGUCCGCCCGGUCCUUAUCCACAGAGCUGUCCUUGGUUCCGUGGAGAGGCUUAUGGCACUCCUGAUAGAACAUUACGACGGGAAGUGGCCUUUCUGGCUCAAUCCCCGCCAAGCCGUGAUUCUCACCGUCAACGACAGCGCGCCGGUUGUUGGUUGGGCCCAGAAGACCCGAGACACGCUGUUGGGAACGGCGGUCACGAGCGGGGACGGCAGCCUAAUGGAUAGGCCGAUACAACCCUCGGAACUGACUGUUGACGUGGAUGACAGUCCUCGUAGCCUCGCACUGAAAGUGCGUGAGGCGAAGAGCAAAGGAUACGGAAUCAUAAUUGUAAUUGGCCCUAGGAAUGUGUCGAAGGGAUCUGUUACUAUCGACACCGCUGGGAUACCCCAAGGCACCGACUCGAAGGCCGAGAAGUCCUUGGAGAUGACGCCAGAAGAGCUUCUUGAGUUCAUGAGAGCCAAAGUAGAAUCAUAUCAAUGAAGUCUCUCCUCUCAA